AUGGAGAAAUCUAAGGUUGUAAGUAGAAAAGAAGAUAGAGGGGAAGAUGAAGAUGAAGUAAUUGUUAUAAUGAUGAUGAUGAACUACAACAAUCAGAUUGGGGAUAUACCAAGAAGAGCAAGCAUUAGAGCCAUUUACAGCAUUGGUGGAAAAGGUCUAGUUUGGCGAAGCUGUGACGGAGUGCCAGAGAGAGCCGUUGAAGAUGCAAACCAAAGUACUCCAAUUCUUGCUUGCAAAACUCUCAGAACUAAUCACACCAGAGAAGGUAGUAGCUAUAAAGUUGAUCAGAUGCCAAGGGCAGCGCUUCAAGCUUAUGUUGAAGAGUGCAUGACCAGAUGA